AGUAGCUGCUGCAAGUGCAUGAGGGGUAGGAUGCUCUGACCUUGGCUACUUCCCCUUUUCGCGGUGUGAAAACCAGCGUAUUCUUGAAUUAGGCGAGUCUGGUUCUACUUCCGCGCAGCCGAUGAAGUAAUUCGAGCUGUUCGCUCUUGGCUGUUCUAUUUUCCUUGUUUUAAGCCCAACACAGCAGUGCAUACCUAGUCACUUCGAUCUUUGUCCACGUGACCUUACCCCUAAUAUAAUCGGCGCCCUGGGUUUCCGAGUAGCUGGCACCGUUUUCUGCUUCGUGAAUAGCUGAGAAUUAGGAGAGCAGCAAUUUUAGGAGCUCGAGAAACAUAGCUACUUGCUAUAGCCAGGAAGGAAGGGCUCCAUGGAUUACCGAAUGCGGCUGGGGGAUAAACGGCCGCUUGAAGAUGGCAACACACCGCACCAGCCCGAAAAACGGCAGCGAGUUCCGGCUUUGGCAAGUGUGAUUGUGGAGGCGGUCAAAAUGGACAGCUUGCAAAAGCUCUGCUCCACGCUCGAGCCCUUGCUACGACGCGUGGUGGGAGAGGAGGUGGAGAAAGCGCUUGCGAAGCUCGUCCCCAAUAACAUACCGCAGCUGCCUGGAAGACCCGACCCCAAGCGCCUGCCCGCGCCGGAGAGCGCGCGCAAGCUGCGCCUGUCGUUCCGCAGCAAGCUGGCGCUGCCGCUGUACACGGGCGCGCGCGUGGAGGGCGAGGGCGGGCAGGCGGUGCACGUGGUGCUGCAGCACGCGGACACGGGGCAGACCGCCAUGGACCUGGAGGAGAGUAACGUGAAGCUAGAGGUGGUGGUGCUGGAGGGAGACUUCAACAAGCCUAACGACGACGAUUGGACGCAAGAGGAGUUUGAGCAGAACGUGGUGAAGGAGCGCGAGGGCAAGCGUCCUCUGCUCACGGGCGAGGUGAUGGUGUUGCUCAAGGACGGCGUGGGCACGCUGGGGGACCUCUGCUUCACGGACAACAGCAGCUGGAUCCGCUCGCGCAAGUUCCGCCUGGGGGUACGCGUCGCCCCCGGGCAGGAGCUCGGGGGGAGCGUGCGCGUGAGAGAGGCCAAGACGGAGGCGUUCACUGUCAAGGACCACCGGGGGGAACUGUACAAGAAGCACUAUCCGCCGAAGCUGAACGACGAGGUGUGGCGGCUGGACAAGAUCGGCAAGGACGGCGCUUUCCACAAGCGCCUCAACCAGUCCGCCAUCGUCACCGUCGAGGACUUUCUCCGCCUCAUCGUCAUGGACCCGCAGAAGCUCAGGACGAUCCUGGGGUCGGGCAUGUCGAACAAGAUGUGGGAGGGCGUGGUGGAGCACGCCAAGACGUGUGCAUUGAACGGGAAGCUGUAUGUGUACUACGCGGACGAGAAGCAGAACAUCGGCGUCAUCUUCAACAACAUCUUCCAGCUCAUGGGGCUCAUAGCCGACGGCCAGUACAUGUCCGUCGACCUGCUCUCCGACUCCGAGAAGAUCUACGUGGACCGCCUGGUGACCAUGGCGUACAACGACUGGGACAGCGUGGUGGAGUACGACGGGGAGGCCCUCAUUGCCUCACAGCGCGUGUCCGGCCAGACAGCCGGCGGCGACAAGGCAGGGCCGUCCUCCGCGCCCACUGUGUCGGUCACAGCGGGGACGUCCACUGCGGCUGAGGGGCAGGGCACCGCCACGUCGCUGGACGACUCCGAUGGGCCGCAAGGCGGCUCUUCCCAGAGCGACGCAUUGCAGCAGCAGCAGCAGCAGGGUGUGUCUGCCAAUGCAUCGCUGCUUCAACAGCAUGAGAGGCGGCGGGCAUUGACCAACAACCAGGGCGAGGACCAGCAGCAGCAGCUGACCACUGAACUGGGCCUCGGCAGGCAAAGCGGGCAGCAGUUUCCCCCACAGCAGCAGCAGUUGGGGUAUGGUGGGGACGUAGGAGGGAUGGGCGCAGGUGUUGCCGGGGGUGCCUCUGCGCCUUUAGGAGGUGGCGGGCUUUGGGAUGGCUCUACUGCUGCUGGAAUGGAUGGGGGUAACAUGGGUGGUGCUGGCAUGUGGAAUCAACCAAACAUGGGCACAGCAACAGUAGCAGGAGGAGAAGGAGCAGCAGGAACAGGAAAUACCAACAGUAGCACUGUUACCGUGGGGCCAGAUCCCUUCGCCGGUGCCAUUGUUCCCGCCGGUGCUGCUGGCGGCAGUGGUGGCGGUAUCGGAGGUUCAGGGAUGGACGGUGCUGGCAUGGGCGGUGGCAUAUCGGGUUGGGCGUCUGGGCCGGGAAAUGUGAGCAGUGGGACGGCAGGAGCAGCAGCAGCGGCUGCGGCACUCUUUGGAGGGCCGGGAGGUUUUAGUGGGCACUUGGACGACUUUGGGCUGUCGGAGGAGGACCUACGCGCCAAGAGCCUAGAGCUCCUGGAGAAUGAGGACAUGCACCAACAGAUGCAGCAGCUGCUGGGGCUGAUAAACGACUACACGCCAGCAGGGUCCGCAGGAACCAUCACCGCCAACCUACAGCAGGACGACAACGAGAUUGUUUUCCAAGGGGGAUUCCUCACCCCGUCUGCUCCUGCCGCUGUUGCUGCUGGAGGAGGCGCAGCAGCAGGAGGGGCAGUUGGUGGGGUGGGGCUGGGGCCAGAGGGGGCGUCGCAUCUCAAGCAUACGAGCAAGGUUGGGUGGCUCAAGCUGCGUGCCGCCUUGCGGUGGGGCAUCUUCAUUAGGAAGAGGGCUGCGCAAAGGCGGGCGCAGAUCGUUCAGCUGGAUGACGACGACGAAUCAUGAGGGGGAGGGGUGAGGGUAGGUAGGGAGGAAGGUGGAGAUGGAAGAUGGAAAUUGGAUGUGGGAAGGGAGCCGCAGGAUUUGGGUUCAUCCAGGUGUUGCUGCGGAGGUUGACGACGAGGAGUUUCUUGGAGGUUAAAGCAUAUGCUUCGCAUGGCUGGCUAAGCCUUUUCAAAAUCCACAAGUUUUUCCCUCGCAAUUACUAUGUGCCACUUACCUCCCAGGCCGGAUACCUCGUGUGGGAAGGAACAUGUAGCAGUUAGUUCUUCGUGACAGUUUGCUUUGUAAUUAUCUGUUGUUUUUCUGUGUACUGACCCUAAUAGAAGUGCUGCGUGUAA